AUGACGCAGACGGAGGACUGGCAGUCGGAUCGCUCUGAUUGGCUGCGGACCGAGGCAGAAAGUUCUGAGAGUUCCAUACCGCGCAGCGCGCUGGGCCUUGAGGAUUUAAGCCUAGGAGUCGAGGGGAAACUUGCCCUUUCUUUCGAGGGAUUCUCCAGCACGUGGCGGGGAAUUGAGGAAUCCGGUAAGUAUUGAGGGUGUGGGUUUGCAGACUCUUUCCCCCUUUUCCGUGCCUAGUGCUGUGCUUGGCUGUCCACCCAUAUUUUAUCUCCUCCUGCGCGGCAGGCAGAAAUCCAACAGGUGAAGCCUCACUUUCUCUCCCUAGAAAAGCUGCACCUGUUGCAUUUGCCGCCCUGUGCACGGCUCUUAAAAGGCAGAGGAGACCUAUCAAGUAAGGUGAAAUGUUUGUAAUCCCUAGCUUGUGGGGGUGGUGGAAAUGCAUAAAGUUUUCACUGUUUCAGAGGACUGGGCUGAAGGAGGCCUGAGGGCGUUUAGUCCCCUGUAAAAGUUGUUGUUUAGUCGUUUAGCCGUGUCCAACUCUUCAUGGCCCCCUGGACCAGAGCACGCCAGGCACUCCUGUCUUCCACUGCCUCCUGCAGUUUGGUCAAACUCAUGCUGGUAGCUGCGAGAACACUGUCCAACCAUCUCGUCCUCUGUCGUCCCCUUCUCCUUGUGCCCUCCAUCUUUCCCAACAUCAGGGUCUUUUCUAGGGAGUCUUCUCUUCUCAUGAGGUGGCCAAAGUAUUGGAGCCUCAGCUUCAGGAUCUGUCCUUCCAGUGAGCACUCAGGGCUGAUUUCCUUCAGAAUGGAUCGGUUUGAUCUUCUUGCAGUCCGUGGGACUCUCAAGAGUCUCCUCCAGCACCAGAAUUCAAAAGCAUCCAUUCUUCGGCGAUCAGCCUUCUUUAUGGUCCAGCUCUCACUUCCAUACAUCACUACUGGGAAAACCAUAGCUUUAACUAUACGGACUUUUGUUGGCAAGGUGAUGUCUCUGCUUUCCCCUGUAAAUACUUGCAGCCAAGUUUUUUAGAGCAUGUUAGCAGUUAGAUCUUGUCCUCCAGGAACGGGGAACCUGCAGCCUUCAAGAAGUUGCUGGACUCUCCAUCAGUUCAGCCAGCAUGGGUAGCGAUCCAGGGAUGUUAGAAGCUGUAAUCCAGCACAGUUUGGAGUGUUGUUAUACUUUGCUAUAUUUGCUAUGUUACAGGCAACAUCACAGACCUGUGAGAAAAACGGGGAGAGGAUAUAAACACAAUAAUAAUUAACAUGCGGAUCAUCAAAAAUGUGCCAUAAAGUGCAGGGCUAACCAUCUUUAUUCGUAGAUGUUCCUCAAAAGCCAGAAACUUACUCAUGACUAAGUGUUACAGGAUUGCAGUCCUAAGCGCAGAGCCACCCCAUACAUAUAAAGUGCACCCAUUGCUUCCCCCAAGGAAUCCUGGGAACUGUAGUUCUCCCCUCACAGAGCUACAGUUCCCAACACCCGUAACAAACAGCAGGUCCCUGGAUUUUGUGGGGAAAGUCUUGUGCUUUGAAGCGUGUUGGGUGUGCCGUAAAAGUAUGGUGCAGAUCUGCCCCUCGUCUUUCUGGAAUAUGCCAACCAGCUCAUUUUUACUGCCAACAGCGGGCGGGCAGUCAAGCCGCCGCUUACCCCUUUUAAACAAGGGCUGCAAAUUUUAAUGAUUAAACUGAGUUAUUUUCCUCAACACUGGCUGGUUCAGCUGCUAUGACCAAUUCCUGAAUAUGGAUAGCUUGCCCACAGUGACCUGUCUUGCACAAGGCCACCAGCCAGAGCGAUGUUAUUCCAGCUAUUAAAAUAUGCUUCAGCUGCCAAUACCGUUUCAGUCCAAAGUCAAGGGUUUGCAAAUGACUUGCAAAGCCCUGAACCACUUGAGACCUAAAUAACUGAGCGAGAUCCUCUCCCAAGUAUGUCCCUACCUGGGAGUUAAGGGUGAGAGAAUCUCCAUGGUGUCUCACCACCAGAAACUGAACAUCAGGCCAGGAGGGAAGGUCCUUUCUGCUGGGGCAUCUAAUCCUUGGAAUUUCAUGGCCCUUGGUGCCUGCGCUGAUGGUUUUUAGAGGCUAAAAUGCGGCUGAUCACUAAGGCCUUUCACCCAGGCUGCAAUCUGAAAUGGUUUCAAUUGUUGUCUAUAUUGUAUUUUUAUUGUCCCAUUGGCAUUUUAUGACUUUGUUCCAGUUGUAUUGUCAGUCACCCAGAGCCCUGUGGAUCUGCAACAGAAUUUAAAUAGACUUAAGUAAAUAAACUGGAUUAGGUAACUGAUUCAACUCUUAAAAAAAAAAGAGGUGUACACCUCUUAACCAGAAAUAUUAUAAUGAACACAAAGUACAAACGGUAGGUGGCAGGGAUUGUUUUUAUAACAAGCAUUCCCCACUUUUUCUCUCUUGCAUGUUUACAUCACCUAAAAACAGGGAGCGCCUCCUUCAGAGUGUUUGUUUUUACCCUUAGGUAAAUGUAAUUAGUGAAUUAAUCAACAAAGAAACACAAUUAAUUGGCUGAGAUUUUCUUAGCCCCUGGAUUUAACGAAUAUUGCUAAGCUGCGUGUUUCAGUUUGGGAGAGGACAGGUGCAUAGCUUUCAGCAGAAUAAAGCACAAAUUAUAAUAAAAAGACGCCUGUGAAUGUCAUGCGUGGCUAUGGUGGGUGUGUUGUUUCUUACACAGAGGUGCUUUUGGGGGACGAAAGGUAUGUAAAGUGGCCCCCCAGGUUAUGUUGGAACUAGUAACUUUUCGUGAAGUUCUGAUGCUGAUGCUCAUGGGAGUCAUAUAAAGGACCCCUGACCAUUAGGUCCAGUCAUGACCGACUCUGCGGUUGUGGCGCUCAUCUCACUUUAUUGGCCGAGGGAGCUGGCGUUCAGCUUCUGGGUCAUGACUAAGCCGCUUCUGGCGAACCAGAGCAGCGCACGGAAACACCGUUUACCUUCCCACCAGAGCAGUACCUAUUUAUCUACUUGCACUCUGACGUGCUUUCGAACUGUUAGGUUGGCAGGAGCAGGGACCGAGCAACGGGAUCUCACCCCGUCGCGAGGAUUCGAACCGCCGACCUUCUGAUCGGCAAGCCCUAGGCUCUGUGGUUUAACCCACAGCACCACCCGCGUCGGGAGUCAUAUAGAGAGAGAUAAUUUUGAACUUGGAAGGGUUCCACGAGGGCAGUGUUAGAAACUGGGAUAGAAAAGCUAGGAGCCAAAUGGCUUCUGGGACCUGGGUUGUGGGCACCAAAACAGAAUGUCUAGUUCUCUUCCGCGGCUCCGGAAAUCGCUUCUGCGCAUGCCUAGAUGCCGGAAAUCGCGCCUGUGCAUGUCCGUGGUGCCGGAAAUCGCAAUUUUUGGCGUCUGGGCAUGCACAGAAGCUAUUUCCGGCACCACGGACAUGUGCAGACACAAUUUCCAGUGUCGCGCUGCGCCGGUCUGGCCCACGGCGGAUCUCCGUGGUAGUGAUCUGGCCCAUGCCCGCUAAGCCUUGCCAACCCCUGGUCUAGUUGCCACGGAGGGUGGGGGUCGGCAACACUUUAUUUAUUAUUUUUAUAAGCAUGAACCAACACGCAAUUCACAAGAGACACGUUGUUAACAUCACGUUUUUAUCAGAAAUGGUUAACACAUGUUUAAUUUGGUGUUGAUAAUAAAAUUAUUGGUACCAUACUUCAGUUUUCAAAACACCCUACGCUUUAUUGCUAAACUCCUUAACAUAUUGUCUGUCUUUAACAUAUACUUCGAAGCUUCAAAGCACACACGUUUCAGUAAUCCUUGAGUGUCAGCAAAAAAACAGCACCCAGACUUUUUGAAGUGCUCGCAAAUGGAGAAUCUUUAGGCGCAAAAUGAGCCUGGCGCCCUGCUAAUUUCGAACCCUGAACGAGGGUCAUGUAGCCCUUCCCUCUAAAAUGCUGGCUUAGCAGUUUUUAAAGCCAAACAUUCUUAGCUCUGGCCCCUCUGAUGCCCAGGACAAUCUUGGACGCUAGGCAGUAUUUCAAAAUGGACUUUAGCUGUUUGGCGAUUGCGAGCUGCCUGCAGUUGCCCAAUUAGCUGCACACGGCCUUUUUGCUAUCCUUGAGGAGUUAACGAAUAACUCGGGAUGAGUUCCCCCGGUUAAGACAGCCUGAGCUUUGUUCCUGUUGCAGUUUGCGCCUGUUUAAGGCUCCGGUUCUGCCAACAAGUCACAUGGAGGUCAGCAGAUGAGAGCCAUCUGUUGCCUUGGGCAGGCUGGCUUGUCAGUCUUGCUCCAGACAGGGCGGCUGCCCCUGCUGCACACCUCCCAAGCUCAGAAGCAUUUAAAGCACAUGGCUUUCCCCAUAAAGAGUCCUGGGAACUAUAGCUUGCUAAGGGUGCUGGGAAUUAUAGCUCUGCGAGGGGUAAACUGCAGCUCCCAGGAUUCUUUGCGAGGAGCCAUGCCUGUUAAAGUGGUAUAAAAGUGCUUUGCUCCAUUGCUCCGCCCACUGUUGCCUCUGCCCCGCCCACCACUUGCAAGCGGCCCCAGAAGGCUCUUUGCAAGAGGAUGUGGCCCUUGGUCUGGAAAAGGCUCCCUGCCCCUGUUUGAAUGGGUCCGUGGGGCAGGGUGUUGCUUCCCCAUCUUUGAACACAUACGCUUUUGUGGUUUUUAAAUAUCUCUGUUGUUACGCUGGCUGCAUAUUUACAGGUGUAUUUAUUUUACAGUGGUACCUUGGUUCUCAAACGCCUUGGUACUCAAACAACUUGGAACCCAAACACUGCAAACCCGGAAGUAAGUGUUCCGGUUUGCGAACAUUUUUCGGAAGCCGAACAUGCUCCGUUUUGAGUGUAACGCUUCCGUUUUGAGUGCCGCGCUUCCAUUUUGAAGUUUACGCUGAGGUCUGUCUGUUUUUGCUAUUUAUUUUGCGUUUUUGUUUUUGCGGCUUUUUUGUUUUGUUUUUGUGACUGUGUGGAAACCCAGUUCAGCUACUGAUGGACUGAUUGUGUGACUGCAGUACAUUGUUUAUUGCUUUCAUUUUAUGGAUCAAUGGUCUUGUCAAACAGUAAAAAUCAUGUUAAAUUGCCGUUUUAGCGGUUGUUUUUAAAAAGUCUGGAACGGAUUAAUCCAUUUUGCAUUACUUUCUAUGGGAAAGCGUGCCUUGGUUUUGGAAUGCUUUGGUUGCGGAACGGACUUCAGGAACGGAUUAAGUUUGAGAACCAAGCUACAGUGGUACCUCGGGUUAAGAACUUAAUUCGUUCCGGAGGUUCAUUCUUAACCUGAAACUGUUCUUAACCUGAGGUACCACUUUAGCUAAUGGGGCCUCCCACUGCCACCACGCGAUUUCUGUUCUCCUCCUGAAGCAAAGUUCUUAACCUGAGGUACUAUUUCUGGGUUAGCGGAGUCUGUAACCUGAAGCAUCUGUAACCCGAGGUACUACUGUAGUACCACUAUACAGUCAUAGCUCGGGUUACAGACGCUUCAGGUUGGGGUUUUUUGGGUUACAGACCGCCGAAACCUGGAAGUACCGGAACGGGUUACUUCCGGGUUUCGGCGGUUGCACAUGCGCAGAAAUGCUAAAUUGCACAUGCGCAGAAGCGCCGAAUCACAACCCGCGCAUGCGCAGACGUGCUGCUGCAGGUAGCGAACGUGCAUACCGCACGGAUCACAUUCGCAACCCGAGUGUCCACUGUAUUAUCACGAACCUCCUUGGUGGCUCUGUUAAGGGCCACAAAGCAGAGUAUACAGGCCUGAUAGCUCACUUAACCUUUCUCAGUUUCAGCUUCCAAAGUUUUGGGACUCCCUUUUGCCUGCCCUCCGGCCAAUCCUCUGCCGUUCUUUCUCUCUGGGCUGCUGCAGAGCUCUGCUGCCAUGACCAGCCUCCCCAAAGCAGAUGGAAACCCCAUAACUAAGGAGGAGUGGACCUCUCACAACAAGAUGGUGAUGGAACCUCUAGACACCAAUGACCCAGAGGUAAGAGGGCUUCUUGUUUGGACGGUGACGUCAACCAGGAGAGGGUAGUAUUGAUUCUGGCGGAAGAAACCGGAGGGCAGGGACCGCUGUCAUUCGUCGGCAAUGGUUUUGAGCAACCAGGGACAGCAGGUCAUUGACCUUUACGGGCUCAGUGACGUUCAUUGAGAAAAUUACACUUGGCGCCGGCUUAACCCUUUCAGAUUUUCCCACCUUCCUACCUCUGCAGCAGAGAGGGGGUCUGUUCUGGCCCUCCCAGAUUCUGCUGGAGUCCAAUUCUCUCUCUCUUUUUAAAAUUUUUAUUUCAAAACCAAAAAAAAUUACAAACAUCAAAUUCAAAAUCCAUAUUCAUUUUCUAACAUAAGCCUAUUACAUAGAUUACCUAAAUUAAAAUAUAUCUAAUUGCUCUAGGCUUCCCUUUGCUAUAUGUAAAUACAAUGCAGUUAACAAAUUAUAUUAUAAAUGAUAUUAUAGGUUCCCAUAUACCCCCCCACUCCCCUUCACCCAUGUGUGAUCUCAAUAUUUUACUUCUUCCAUCUUGUGUUGUUAUAAUUUAAUAAUUAUUCAGUUGAUUCUAUUAUUAUUUUCUUGCUUACCCCUGCACAUUUUACACAUUCUCUAGUAAUAUUUCAAUUCCGGAACCAUGUUUUUCCAUGUAUUCCUUCACUACAUCCCACUCUCUAAUUAUUCUCUGAUUAAGUGGCCUCUAAUAAUUGCUGUCAAUUUUGCCAUUUCUAGAAACUCACAGAGUUUGUCUCUUUAUCUAGCCCUGGGGAACCCAAAGCGACUUGCAACCAAGCAAAUGGACAGUAAACCCCACAUAGAUGCAUUCAAACUAAGAGGGAAAAGAAAUGCCUUAAAAACAUUCCCACCCACUUCUAAAAGGCCACAGAUGGUUUAAGGCUGGGUUAUAGACGAAAGCUUUUGCCUGGCACCUAAGGAUAUAGAACUACGGCGCUAGCUGAGCCUCCCUGGGGAGAGCAUUCCAAAAAAAGGGGAGCCACUGCAGAAAAAGCCCUGUUCUCAUAUUGAGAAUGUCUGUUAAUGUCACUGUGGCACUUCAGAUUGGUGCUGUCCUGCUAACAUUGUUUGCACUGGGGCCAGGUUAAAAUUUGUUUCUUCAAUCUAUACAUUUAAAAAGUGGUGGUUAUUUCGCCCACACUGUUGUUUUCACCUGACAUUAUUUGUUGUCAAUUGUCAGGGAACUGCCAUCGGACGGAAGGGAGGUGAAAGGGCUCACACAGGUUGGGAGAGACGCAGCAGCUGAAGAGGAAACCAACAGGGAGGUGAAAGGGCUCACACAGGUUGGGAGAGACGCAGCAGCUGAUGAGGGAACCAGCAGGGGGGGAGGAGCUGAGCUGGAGGGAUGGCUCAGAGACACUUCCAGCGAAAACAGUGGAGAGGUUUCAGGACCUCCUGUAAGAACACCCACUCCUCGCCGGAAACUGUCACGCAGAGAUUCCAGAAGACGUGUUUCCGUUAAGGAGCUUUUAUGUUGGAAGCGAUUACGAAGCAACCACUGUCGGAAUCUGCUAGUGACUAGAGUAGCCAUGUCUGAGGGGCUCUGUCACAGACAGAGGUUUGUGGACUUGAACAAACUCUGAGGGGAUACGAUUUUACGCACAAGCAGCUCAUCAUCCCAUCACAGCAUUCCGACAGUCUUUGAAAGCAGCUUGUGCAGGAGAAGGUAUCAUGAGCAACCCAGCCGGAACCGGAGAAGCAGGAGCUGGAGCGGGUCCAAGCCUGGAAGAAAGGUACCAGAUGUUGGAGGUCCAGCUAGCGAUGCAGACGGCGAGGCUUGAGGAGAGGAGGGCUCAGGAUGCAGACAAAAGGGGAAAGCCACCCAGUUCGCCAGAAAGGUACCAGGAUUGGUGCAGAAGUUUGGGGGAGCCCACAACCUAUCAUGGUUUUCGGACAGAAAUGCAAUAUGCCCUCAAUCUGCAGUUUGAUGAAUUCUCUGACGAGGAAUCACGAGUGGCUUUCGUGAUUGAGCAUCUUGAAAAGGGGGCGAGAGACUGGGUUAGACCCCUGAUGGCAGCGAAUAGUGACGUCUUAAAAGACACGAUGAAGUUCUUUCGCGCCAUGGAUCUGAUGUUUUCCAGCGAUAUUGAAAAGGGAGUGGUGCGCAGACAGUUAAUGGGUUGCAAACAGGGAGCCGAUCUGUCCGUGAGUACUGGACUGAGUUCACCAUGCUUGUUCACAGAUUGGGGUGGGACUUAUCGGCGGAACCCAUUCAAAUGCUCUUUGAAGAAGGGCUUUCUUCGGCUGUGAAAGACGAACUUUCCCGGGCGCCCAGGGCGGAGUCUAUGGACCAGCUGACCAAAUCAGCGCUGGCCAUAGGAGCGCGCCAGGAGGCGAGAGCAUUGGAGAGGCGGGAAGGGAAAGGGGAACGUUGGAAGGAGUUCCGCAUUCCAGACAUUCCAGAGCCAACUUUCCCACCGGCAGAGCCGAUGGAAAUCGGAACAGCGCGCGCGCGCGCAGUUUCAAAGCCCAGUGAGGGGGCAAAGAAGGAGGGAAAAGGCGCCCGGAAAUGCUAUCUCUGCCAACAGCCAGGUCACUUUGCCAGAGUCUGCCCCCAGAGGAAAGAAUGGCAAGGGAUGGUAGGGGCUGUGGAUGGAAGAGAGGAAAAUAUACCGGAGCAAGUAAAAGCCAACGCCUGGCUGCCACUGUCAGGGCACAGCAGCCAGGCCAAAGAGCAGUGAGAGUGCCCACGCCAGAACCUCCUAAACCCGCCCUAGUGAUAGAAGUGACGCUAGAGCUGCCAAACGGACACCCUCUAAAGAUAAAGGCGCUGUUGGACUCAGGCAGCUCCUGCAAUUUCAUGAGCAAAGAGUUUGCAGCUGAACACCAGAUACAGACAAUCCUUUAAGCAGCCCCCUGCAGGUGACCACGAUCGAUGGCAGGGAGCUGUUGGGUGGAGAAGUCAGCUUGCAGACCGUCCCAAUGAUAAUGAAGGUAGCAAGGCACACCGAACUGAUAGCUUUUAUUUUUUUUUUUUUUUAAAGCAAUUUAUUGGGUUUUACAAUAAGAAUAAACAUAAUAAACAAUAUAACAUUUGUCUUCACAUAGUUUCACAUUUUCUUUGGACUUCCUCACAUCCCCCCGCUCCCACUUUCAUCGUUAUAACAUUUUGUCAGCAAUUUAUCAUCUUAUUUAAAUUCUUAUAUCUCUUCAAUGUUUCAUAAUCUUAUAGUUCUCAUAGAGAGUUAAACUUUCACAGUCUUACUUAUUUUCUUAAAAACUUCUAAGUUAAGUGGUGCUCAGUUAUUUAGUCUAGCAUCUUAUUUAGCAUUCACUCAAAUCACAAUAUUUUUGUAGAUAGUUCUUAAAUUUCUUCCAAUCCUCCUCGAUUCUCUCUUCUCCCAGGUCACGGAUUCUGCCGGUCAUUUCAGCCAGUUCCAUGUAGUCUAUCAGUUGCAUCUGCCAUUCUUCCAGUGUGGGUAAAUCUUGAGUUUUCCAAUGUUUUGCAAGAAGUAUCCUUGCUGCUGUUGUUGCAUACAUAAAAAUGUCUGGUCCUUCUUUGCCACCCCUUGGCUGACAAUACCCAGAAGGAAAGCCUCUGGUUUCUUGGUAAAGGUAUAUUUAAAUACCUUUUUCAAUUCAUUAUAAAUCAUUUCCCAGAACGCCUUCACUUUAGGGCAGGUCCACCAGAGGUGGAAGAACGUUCCCUCACACUCUUUACAUUUCCAACACUUAUUAUCAGACAGGUGGUAAAUUUUUGCAAGUUUAACUGGGGUCAUAUACCAUCUAUAAAUCAUUUUCAUUACAUUUUCUUUCAGAGCGUUACAUGCAGUAAAUUUCAAUCCAUUACUCCACAACUUUUCCCAGUCCUCAAACAUAAUAUUAUACCCAAUGUCCUGUGCCCACCUUAUCAUAGCCGAUUUAACCAUUUCAUCUUGUGUAUUCCAUUCCAACAGCAAGUUAUACAUCCUUGAAAGUACCUUAGUCUUUGGUUCUAACAAUUCUGUUUCUAAUUUCGAUUUCUCCACCUGGAACCCUAGUUUCUUAUCAUUUUUAAAAACUUCUUUAAUCUGAGCGUAAUGUAACCAAUCUCGCACUUUGUCUUUCAUUUUCUCCAAACUCUGCAAUUUCCAAUUGUCUCCAUCUUUUCUAGUAUUUCCCAAUAUUUUGGCCAUUUAGCCUCCAUAUUGGGUCUUUUCGGUCCUUAGCUUCCAAAGGUGAAAGCCACCUUGGUGUUUUAUUUUCCAGCAAGUCUUUAUAUUUUGUCCAGACAUUAAACAAUGAUUUUCUGACAAUAUGGUUCUUGAAGGCCUUAUUUGCUUUAACUUUGUCAUACCAUAAAUAUGCAUGCCAUCCAAAAACAUUAUUAAACCCUUCCAAAUCCAACACAUCAGUGUCUUCAAGAAGUAGCCAGUCUUUUAGCCAGCAGAACGCUGCGGCUUCAUAAUACAACUUUAAGUCCGGCAGGGCAAAGCCCCUCUUUGUUUUGCAUCAGUUAAUAUCUUAAACUUGAUUCUGGGCUUUUGCCCUGCCAGACAAACUUCGAAAUAUCUCUCUGCCACUUCUGAAAGCACUCCGCUUUGUCCAAAACCUGAAGUGUUUGAAAUAAAAACAACAUCCUUGGCAAUACAUUCAUCUUAAUAGCAGCAAUUCGGCCUAACAAAGAAAGUUUCAAUUUUGACCAACUGUCUAAGUCUCUCUUAAUUUCUGUCCAACAUUUUUCAUAGUUAUCCUUAAAUAGACUUAGAUUUUUUGCUGUUAUGUUUACCCCUAGGUAUUUUACUUUUUAAACCACAUUAAGUUCCGUCUCAUUCUGAAACCGUUCUGACUCUGUAUCAGUCAAAUUUUUCCCCAAAACCUUAGUUUUCUGUUUAUUUAAUUUAAAUCCCGCCACCCGACCAAAAUCAUUAAUCAAUUGUAAUACUCUUUUCGUACUGGGCUCUGGCUUCUGCAAGGUCAAAACCAGGUCAUCUGCAAAAGCUUUUAGUUUAUAUUGUUUCUGACCAACCUGAAUUCCUUCAACCAACCGAUCCUCUAAUCAUGUUCAGUAGCACUUCCAGAACCGAAAUAAAUAACAAAGGGGAGAUAGGGCAACCUUGUCGUGUCCCUUUUUCAAUUUUGAACUCUUCUGUGACCACAUUAUUAACUAUCAGUUUAGCUUUCUGUUCUGAAUAUAUCGCCUCAAUCCCAUUCUCAAAACCCCGUCCCACUCCCAUCUCUUUUAAAUUUCCCAUCAUAAAUUUCCAGGAAAUAUUGUCAAAGGCCUUCUCCGCAUCUAUGAAAAUUAAAACUGCUUUUGUAUUUAUAUCUGUUUGCAGAAGUUCCAAAAUGUCAAUAAUGUUCCUUGUGUUAGCAAACAGAUGUCUACCUGGGAGAAAACCGGCCUGGUCCUUAUGAAUUACUUCAUUUAAUACUUUUUAAAUCUACUUGCCAAAAUAUCUGCAAAUAUUUUGUAAUCCACAUUUAAAAGAGAGAUGGGACGGUAGUUCUUCAGUUGUGUCUUUUCAGCUUCUGACUUUGGUAUUAAUGUGAUGAACGCUUCCUUCCACGAAUCCGGUGCCCUCUUCCCCUCCAUAAUUUCAUUGCAGACCUCCAUCAAGGGUUGUAUCAAAUAGUCUUUUAAUGUCUUAUAAUACUUGGAGGUCAGCCCAUCUGGCCCUGGAGAUUUGCCAAGUUGCAUGUUCUGAAUAGCUUGUUCAAUCUCCUGUCGUGUUAUUUUAGAGUUCAGGAUUGUCCUGUUUUCUUGUGACAAUUUAGAUAAUCCAUUUUUGGCAAAAAUUGUUUAAUCUCAACUUCGUCUUGCGGCCCUUGGGUGUAUAAUUUUUAAAAUAUCUCUGGAAACACUUUCUAAUAUCCACUGGAUUCUGAAUGUUUUUCCAUCAACCUCUAAGUUUGUAACCGUGUUUAAUCUUUGUCUUCUCUUCAACUGCCAAGCUAGCAGUUUUCCACAUUUAUUCGCCGACUCAAACGUUUUUGUUUCAUUAAUUUAACCUUCCAUUCAAUUUCCUGAUUUAUCAAUUUAGAAUAUUGUGUUUGAUAGAGUUUAAUUUCUCUCAGAGUUGGCUGUGACUUUGGAUUCGCUCUUAAUUUCUUCUCUAAUUCUUUUAAUUUGUCCAAGAUCUUAUCUUUUUCUCAUUUUGUGUUCUUUUCUUUACUACAUUCUGUUGUAUCAAGAAUCCCCUCAUUACAGCUUUGCUUGCGUCCCAGACAAUUCUUUUUUCCACCGAAUUGUUCAUGUUUAUCUCAAAAUAGUCCUUCAAAACUUUUUGGGCCUUCUUGGUAAUUUCCUGAUCUCUAAACAAAUUGUCAUUCAUCUUCCAUCUAAAGGAUCCAGUUGGUAGUAGUGUCAUAUCCAUCUUUACUGCAUUAUGGUCAGAGCAGGUCUUUGGGCAGAUUUCCACUUUUCUGACCUUAGGUGCCAGGCCUCUGGAAAUCCAUAUUUGGUCGAUUCUUGUCCAGGUCAGUUGGGCUUCAGAAAAGAAUGUUCCUUCUCUACCUAGUGGGUUCUUUGUCCUCCAAAUGUCAAUCAAAUCCAUAUUGUCAGUCAUUUCAAAAAAGUUUUAGGUAGUCUGCCGUCUUUUGUAACAUUUUGACUUUGUGACUUGUCCAUGUUAGUUGACACGACCCCGUUCAUGUCUCCCAUCAUUAUGAUGUUGUUGUAAUCCAGAUAUUCCAGCAUUGUCCCCUGCAGCUUCUUGUAAAAUUCCGAUUUCCCUUCAUUAGGUGCAUAGAUUCCUAAUAUCAACAGUUUCUCUCCUUGAUAUUGUAUCUCAAUGGCCAAAAUUCUUCCAUGUUCAUCUUUAAAUAAGAAUUUAGGUGACAGGCACUCUUUGCAUAUAUCACCACGCCUCUCUUCUUAACUUUGUCCGACGAAACAAAUUCCUGGCCCAAUCUUUUAUUUAUUAACACUUUUCUGUGGAGCCUCGUCACAUGUGUUUCUUGUAAACAGAUAAUGUCCAAUUGUUCUUUUUUAAUAUAUGAAAUAUUUUCUUCCUUUUUCCGGAAUGUUACAACCAUUAAUGUUCCAACUCAGCAAUUGCAGAGACAUCCUGGAUCUAUCUGGUUAUUUCUCCAGGGGUGGUGUCUUCUCUGGAUCUUCAGGUUCCCCAGGUGCUGGUGUUAAUGCUGGCUUUGCCCCAGGCCCAGAAGGUAAUUCAAUUCCUUUUUGAAGGUCCUCUCCGUAUGUAGCCAAAAAUUUGUCUCUCUCUUCCAAUGUUCUAACUUUGACCUUUCUCCCUUUAAAGGUAAAAGAUAUUCCUUGGGAAAUUCCCACCUGAAUGGAAUUGCGUUGCUCCUUAGUAGUUUAGCAAGUUCAGAAUAGGCGGCUCUAAGAUCCAGCAGUUGUCUUGGAAUAUCUUUAUAAAUUUCAAUUCUUCUGUCCAAAACCUCCAGUGACUUUCCGUAAUGUAGGCCCAAAAUCUUAUCCCUUUCCUCCUUUGAUCUCAAUGUAAUCAAACAGUCUCUGGGCCUCUCCUUCUUUAUGAAUCUUCCAAGUCUGAAAGCCGACACAAUUUUAAAAUCCUUUUCUUCCAAAUUCCAGAACUUGGAAAAUUCUUUGGUCAAAAACUCAGUUAAAUUUCCUUCUUCUGCCUCUUGUAAUGAUCUAAUCCUCAAAUUAUUCUCACGAUUUCGCAGUUCUAUCAUGGAAAGAUAAGUCUGAUGUUCCCCAACUUGUUUGGUGAGUGGUCUUACCUCUUGCUCUAAAUUUUCCAAUUUUUGUCUAGUAUCCUCAGCCAAUUUCCGAUUUUCUGCUGAGGCCUCCGUUAACUGUCCAAUUGCUUGUGUAUUCUGUACAACUUGUAUAGUUAAUUUAUUUAGACAUUCUGUAUUUUUGUCAAUCUUUGCUGAUUGCGCAUCUACUUUCUUGUCCAAAGCUUCCAAUUUUUCAAAGAUUUUGUCUAGAACAGAAACAGAUACUCCUGAGGCCAUAUCUUCCAAUUGUAACUGCUCUGCUUCACCCUCUCCCUCUUUUGCCUGUGGCAAGGCAACUUCUUCAAGUUCUACUUCUGAGGGCAAAGUAGGUACAGAUGAUCUACGUGUCUGCGAGGCUGAGGUUAGAGUUGUUAAAGUUGUUUGUCUAACUCUCCCUCUUUUCCUUGUGCCACUCAUUCCAACGUUGUCUAUCAGUCAAGGUCACACUGAGUUUUUCCCAUGGGAAUAGAAAGGCCCAGAGCAAGCAAACAACAAGGGAAUCGAAAGUAAAUGUAAAUGUAAAGUCACUGUUUUAGUCCAAUCCUCUAGAGGGAGCUUAAAAUGUCUUUCAGAGUCUAAUUUAAUGUCCAAGAACCUUCAAAUAUAAAUAUUUAGCAGAGUUUAUAAGUAGUCACUUUGUUACAGACAGUGCUUAUUUAUCUCCAAAAAGAAUGUUUCAAAUUUAAAAGUCUCAAUACCCUCAGAUUGUUGCAAGUUCCAAUAUACAGUAUCCAAAUCUGCAAUACUGACAGCUCAAUUUCUCAAUGCUCAGGCAGCUCCUGACUCUGGGUUUCACCUUCUAAUUUGUAAUCCAAUAAAAGGGGGAAAGUCAAGUGCAAGUUAAGAUUCCAAGUCUUUAGCUUAAAGUCUUUACUUUAAAUUGCAAGUUCAGUAGAUGCUUAGAUCUGUAGAGUUUAAAAUCUCUUCCUUUCAGCCUCCACUCCUCCAACUUAGUUGCUUUUUUCAAGUUCAAUGGCUGCGGAAGACGGACUUCCUGUUUCCACGUCUCUCCGCUUUCAGCCAAGUUCAAGCCAAUUUAAGGUUUUUCAUUUAAAGUCUCUAAUUUCAAGUGAUUCAGUCUUUACUCACGAGUAAGUUGCUUUUCGUCCGAAUGAUAGCUUUUAAUGUGGCCACCUUGGGAGGAGCUCCCAUUAUAUUGGGGAUGAGCUGGCUAGCGUUACAUGAUCCGCUGGUGGGCUGGCAUCAGAGAGUGGUUUCUUUUGGUUCAGCACAUUGCUUAGAACACUGCAAAGAGGGAAAGGGUUUGGCAGGGGUCCAAGCCACCCUAGCAGGGACUGAAGUAACAGAGAACGUGAAGGUACCACGACAAUAUGCAGAUCUCCGUGACGUCUUCAGCGAAGGGAAGCUGACCAACUACCCCCGCAUAGACCCUUUGACUGUCAAAUCAACUUACUCCCUGGAGCACAGCUCCCGGUAGGCAAGCUGUACGCCAUGUCAGACAGAGAGAUGCAGGAGUUAAGAGAGUUCAUUGACAAGAACCUGAAGAGAGGGUUCAUCAGAGAGUCCAGGGCGGUGGGGGGCAGCCCAGUGUUUUUUUGUGGAUAAGAAAAACACGAACAAGCCGAGGCUGGUGUGUGACUUCAGGGCCUUAAAUGCAGUGUCAGAACCAGUAGCCUUCCCUAUGCCCAGGAUUGACGACAUUUUGACAAGGGUGCGGAAGGGAAAGAUUUUUACAAAGCUGGACCUAAGGGGGGCGUACAACCUGGUACGAAUAAGGAAGGGGGAUGAAUGGAAAACCACUAUGUUCACCCCUUUAGGGGCAUUUGAAUAUUUGGUUAUGCCCUUCGGCCUCCAAGCAGGCUCCGCAACCUUUCAAUCGUUUAUGAACCACGUCCUGGGGCCUUUGCUUUACAAGAAUUGUGUGGCCUUUUAGACGACGUGUUGGUGUAUUCUGAGAAUGAGGAGCAGCAUGUGAGAGACGUCAGAGAAGUGUUGAGCAGGCUGCAAGCCAACCAGCUGUGGGUGAAACUGGAGAAGUGUCAGUUUCAUACCAAGGAGGUGGAAUUCCUGGGGUAUCGCCUGUCAGACAAGGGAUUGGCCAUGGAUCCCGGCAAGGUCCAGGCUGUGCUGGAAUGGAAAGCACCCAAAACAAAGAAGGAUGUGCAGAGGUUCCUAGGAUUUGGGAACUUCUAUCGUAAGUUCAUCCGAAACUUUGCCCACCUGACGGCGCCCAUUACGGACUGUCUCAGCAGUAGAAGAAGUUCGUGUGGACUGAGGAGGCGGAGCGAGCAUUUGAGGAACUAAAAAGGUCCUUCGCCUCGGAACAACAACUCCUGCAUGUGGAUUUACAAAAACCGAUGAGAGUGGAAACUGACGCAUCAGACACAGCGAUUGGGGCGGUGCUUCUGCAGCCAGGCAAGAAGGGGUCAGAGUGGAGACCGUGUGCCUUUUUUUCGCGAAAGCUGAACAAAUCCGAGAGGAACUACACGGUGUAUGACCGAGAACUACUAGCCAUUCAUGAGGCGUUCCGGAGAUGGAGGCACCUGCUAAUUGGCGCACAACAUAAGGUGCAAGUGUGCACUGACCACAAGAACCUAGAGUAUUGGAGGACGGCACGAGUGCUCAACCAACGGCAAGUGAGAUGGGCCCAGGAGUUCUCCAAAUUUAACUUUGAGAUUAGUUACGUGCCAGGCCCAGAGAACAUUAGGGCGGACGCUCUCUCACGCAAACCUGAAUAUUUGGAGGGAGGGGCACCGAAGAGAGACAUGUCAUUCCAGAAGACCGCUGGGUGUGUGGGGCGGCAUUGGUGGGACAAAGAGAACUGGUAGAGGAAACAGAGAAUGAUGAAUACGCCCAGAAUAAGCUCAGAGGUCUUAGGGGUGAUGGAGAGGAACCAGGGGUUUCGAGGAAAGAAAUGGAGCUUUGUAUUACAAAGGGGCACUGUAUAUCCCUGAAGGAGAGUUAAGGGGAGGGUACUCAAGCAGUUGCACGACAGCCCUACGGCGGGGCAUUUUGGACAACACAAAACCAUGUGGUUGGUCACCAGGGAAUUUUGGUGGCCUAAGGUGAGGGAAGAUGUACGUGAGUAUGUAAGAGGGUGCGAGCAAUGCCAGCGAGCCAAAGGGGAAAGGCGGGCGCCAGCGGGGCUGUUAGAACCCUUACCAACCCCAGAACGACCUUGGGAGGCAGUGUCGAUAGAUUUUAUGACUGAUCUGCCGAAGUCCAAAGGGAAAACAGCCAUCAUGGUGGUGGUAGACCUACUAACAAAGAUGUGCCACUUUGUAGCUUGCUCGCAUGCAGUCACGGCGGAAGAGACAGCGAAGUUAUUUGUAGAAAACAUUUUUAGGUUGCACGGGGUGCCAUUGAGGGUGGUCUCAGACCGAGGAAAACAAUUUACUUCCAGGUUCUGGAGGAAGCUCAUGAGCUUACUGCAGGUGGAGGUCAAUUUUUCGACUGCCCGGCACCCUGAAACCAACGGGCAGGCGGAAAGAGCAAACGGUGUCCUCCAGCAAUACCUGAGGUGUUAUGUCAAUGACAGAGAGAAUGACUGGGUAGAAAAGUUGGCGCUGGCGGAAUUUGCCUACAACAAUGCCGAGAAUGUGUCCACAGGGAUGAGCCCCUUCUUGGCUAAUUAUGGGUGUCAUCCCAGGGCUUUCCCAGGGGGAGAGGGGGAGAGAUGGAGCGUCCCGGCAGCCGAGCAUUUUGUGGAAGAAAUGGAAGCAAUCCAUCGUCAGCUCCAACUCAACUUAGAAAGGGCGAAGGAAGAAUACAAGAGGCAGGCAGACAAGAACCGAAGGGAAGGUGAAACCAUAAGGGUGGGAGAUAGGGUGUGGCUGUCAACCCAAGGGUUGCCGUUCAAAGGAGGUUGUAAGAAAUUAAGACCCAGGAGGUUGGGUCCCUUUGAGGUCAUUCAACAGGUCAACCCAGUGGCUUUCAGGCUCCGGUUACCCAACCACAUGAAACUGCACCCAGUAUUUCACAGGUCGUUACUGUCACCGUACGGAGGGGGACGAGAAGGGCUGGCCACUCGGGGACCGGUCGUAGAAGAAAGAGAAUGCAGCAGCCAUGUGGCAGAAAUCCUCGACGCCAGGUGGAAGGGGGAUCAGGUGGAGUAUUUGGUAGCGUGGGAAGGAGAACCGGAGUCAGAAAACACUUGGGUAAUGGCUGAAGAUAUCAAUGACGAGGUAUUGAUAGAAACGUUCCAUCAAAGGUUCCCAAGGAAACCUCAGCCUGUAGAGAGGUUCCGGAGGGAAUACUUUGGGACCACUGAUGAAGGGGAGGAGUUGGAAGGAUUCCCGGACUCGGAAGGGGAAGGGGAGAUGGACUCUGAGGAGGAGGUGUACUUCGAGACCAGGAACCGCAACAGGUUGAGAGAAGUGUUCGAGACAUCGGAAGAUGAAGGAAGUUCAUUCCGGGGUUUUGCCUCCUCACCGCCCGUAGAGGAGGGGGCGAGAGGGGGUGAAGGGGGCCCUGGAGGGGAGGUGGAUGUCAGGGAACUGCCAUCGGACGGAAGGGAGGUGAAAGGGCUCACACAGGUUGGGAGAGACGCAGCAGCUGAAGAGGAAACCAACAGGGAGGUGAAAGGGCUCACACAGGUUGGGAGAGACGCAGCAGCUGAUGAGGGAACCAGCAGGGGAGAGGAGCUGAGCUGGAGGGAUGGCUCAGAGACACUUCCAGCGAAAACAGUGGAGAGGUUUCAGGACCUCCUGUAAGAACACCCACUCCUCGCCGGAAACUGUCACGCAGAGAUUCCAGAAGACGUGUUUCCGUUAAGGAGCUUUUAUGUUGGAAGCGAUUACGAAAGCAACCACUGUCGGAAUCUGCUAGUGACUAGAGUAGCCAUGUCUGAGGGGCUCUGUCACAGACAGAGGUUUGUGGACUUGAACAAACUCUGAGGGGAUACGAUUUUACGCACAAGCAGCUCAUCAUCCCAUCACAUCAAUGAAAUUUUUUUUUGUGGUAUAGCAUGUCUAAAUGUUUUUUUAAAUAUUGUUAAGUUGCUUUGAGACUUUGGGGGGGAGGGUAGUAAGCAAUGAAUUAUUAAUGCCAUAGUUCAAUUGGUGUGUGCUUUUGUUAUUUGCUUUACGUUCUGUCCUUCACCCUGGUCAGGCAGUCGAUAAUAAAAGUAGUAAUAAUUGUUACUAAACAUAAAGUUCUAUAAAUGCAGCCUAAUUGCAAAAAACUUACAAGAGCAGCAUAAAAACCAACCACUGGAGGAAAAGAACAUGUUUAAAAAGCCUGGGGAAAUAGGGAAUAUUGAGGGGGGUGCAAGGAACACCUUUAACACUUGAAACGAGUGAUAUAAAUUCUGUUGAUUAGUUGAAAUGAAGUCACCCAAUUAGAAAUGUUUCAGCCUGCAGUCCAGUUAACUAGUCACAUCUAACUCUGGGCUACCUAUUUGAGAAUGCCCAUAGUUCAGUGAUAGUGCAUCUGCUGCCUGAAACUCUGAAAAGCUGCUGCCAGCCAGUGUGGGCCACCCUGAGCUAAAUGUCCCAACGGACGUUGGACACAGUCAUUGUCGUCUUCUUUGGCGAUACCUGUAGCUGAGUAAGAUUGUCUUCCAUAAACACGGUUUUAACAGUGGGACCGUAAGUGACUCUGGAGGCCGAUUCUGGAUCCACGCGUCCUUCCACAGCGGUGACAUAGGUUUCUGGGCGGGAGUUGAUCACGGUGGGGAUUUGCCAAGCGUGCCUUCCUCUUAGCAUGUAUCUCCCUUUCGUCCUGAGUUCGAGUGUCUUCAAAGCCCAUGACACCUUUGGUAAAGGCUGUUCUCCAAUUGGAGCGCUGGCAGGCCACUUUUUCCCUGUUAUCGGUGUUUAUACUACAUUUUUAAAGAUUUGCCUCAAGAGAGAGUCUUUAAACCUCUUUUGUUGACCACCAUUUUUAAGUUUGGAAUAGGGUAGUUGCUUUGGAAGAUGAUAAUCAGUCAUUGGUACAACAUGACCAGUCCAACGAAGUUGGUGUUGACGAAUUAUUGCUUCGACACUGGUGAUCUUUGCUUCUUCCAGUACACUGGCAUUAGUUCGCCUGUCUUCCCAAGUAAUGUGUAAUUUUUUCGGAGACACUGUUUAUGGAGUUGUUCAAGGAGUUGGAGAUGGCGUUUAUAAGCGGUUCGUGUUUCACAGCAUGACAUUUUACUGUGUUUCUACACGCGGUUGGCACUGUGGGUUAAACUACAGACCCUAGGACUUGCCGAUCGGAAGGUCAGCGGUUCAAAUCCCCACGACGGGGUGAGCUCCCGUCGCUCGGUCCCUGCUCCUGCCUACCUAGCAGUCUGAACGCACGUCAAAGUGCAAGUAGAUAAAUAGGUACCUCUCCGGCGGGAAGGUAAACAGCGUUUCCGUGCACUGCUCUGGUUCGCCAGAAGCGGCUUAGUCAUGCUGGCCACAUGACCCGGAAGCUGUACACCGGCUCCCUCGGCCAGUAAAGCGAGAUGAGCGCCGCAACCCCAGAGUCGGUCAUGACUGGACCUAAUGGUCAGGGGUCCCUUUACAUUUACCUUCCACCUUUGGGGGAAAGGUGUGCAUGCAGGAGGUCCCUGGCACCUCUAGGCCGGGCGAGAAAAGACUGCAUGCAUGAGACCUCCCAGUCAGUGCCAACAGUACUGAGCUCAGUAGCCCAAUGGGUCUCACUGGGUCUAAGGCAGCUUCUUCUGUCCCUGUAUCCAUUUCCUCCUCAUGCAAAGGUCUACGACAUCAUCAAGAAGGAGAAGCGGCGGCAGCGGCUUGGCUUGGAGCUGAUUGCGUCGGAGAACUUCGCCAGCCGGGCGGUUCUGGAGGCCCUGGGCUCCUGCAUGAACAACAAAUAUUCGGAGGGAUACCCGGGACAAAGGUAGGGGCCAGAUGACUUGGGCUCCAGGCCCGGCUGAGAUUCUUUCCCCCCAUGCCAAGCAAACUUGUCUGUGUCUCAUUGUUGAUAAAGGCUUCCAGUGACAGGUUGUCAGGAGCGAGCCGGCAGUAAAUCACACAAUCUGCACAGACCUGGCUGAGUGUCAGGCCCAAGGAGCGCAGCAACUCAUCCCUGGUAGGUCUUGCCCCACGGAUCGGUUGCUGAGACUAAAAGUCCACAGCCAUCUGAGUCUCCUCUUUCCCAGGGCUUUCCCCAAGCAAUCUGAGACUGUGCCUGCAUACAGCCAGCCUCUCCUCCACCCUUUUUCAUGCCUCUUCUGGUUCCAGGAGACGAGGGGGGCAGGGGAGCUUUUCGCAGUAGGAGGGGGAGGCAUCCUUGAUUCUUCACCAGCUUGACUCCUCUCAGCCUCUUGAUCUCCCUCCUCCCCUGCUUCAGCUUCUAGCACUGAUUCUGCACUUCCCUCUGCCACAGACUCGCCCUGCUCACUAAGCCCUGUUACCUCUUCUCCCGCUUCCUUGUCCCACCACCAGUCUUCAGGCUCUGAGCCUUCGUCCCUUGGGGGUUCCUCGGCUGGUUCUUCCCACCAUUCCUCUGCACCCAACCAGUCAGUGACACGGGUUGUGAUGACCUUGCCUUGCUCUCAAUAGCUCUUAACUCCACCCCAUGGCACCCAGUUUAUGUCUGUUGCCAAUCGUAUGAUGCACCUCCAGCGAGAAUAGAGAUUAUAAGCCAGUGUUGCGGUUAUGAAAACGGAGAUGUGCACACAAAACUUUCCUUCUCCUUCCUUGUUUUAGGUACUAUGGUGGGACGGAGUUUGUGGAUGAGCUGGAGAGGCUGUGUCAGAAAAGAGCCUUGGAGGCUUAUGGGCUGGACCCACAGAAGUGGGGAGUCAAUGUUCAGCCCUACUCAGGUAUUCCUAUCAUCUAACUGGUAAUGGAGGGCUGUGGAGAGGGCUGGUUCCUCUGUGGGAAUCUAGUGAUAUAAGCUGUAAGCCAGGCUUCCUCAACCUCGGCCCUCCAGAUGUUUUGAGACUACAGUUCCCAUCAUCCCUGACCACUGGUCCUGCUAGCUAGGGAUUAUGGGAGUUGUAGGCCACAAAAAUCUGGAAGGCCGAGGUUGAGGAAGCCUGCUGUAAGCUCCUUGGAUCAGAGGCCUGGCCUCUCCCUCUAUAAAGCACUGUGUGUACAUGGAUGUCUUUGCUGGGUUCCCAAUUCCUAUCAGUCCCAGCCAGAGUAGUCAAUGGUUGAGGGAUGCAGAAACAUCUGGAGCAGGGACAACCAAUGGGGUGUUCUCCAUCAACCCGAUCAUUGGUCAUGCUGACGGGAACUGUAGCCCAUUAUAUUUAGAAAGCAGUAUGCUAUAAUAAUAAUAAUAAUAAUAAUAAUAAUAAUAAUAGUAUUUAUACAUACAGACAUACAGACAUACAUACAACCCUGCUCAUCUGGUUGGGUUUCCCCAGCCACUCUGGGUGGCUCCCUACAGAAUAUUAAAAACACGAUAAAACUAGCUGAAGAAGUGUGCAUGGACAUGAAAGCUCAUACCAAUAACUAACUUAGUUGGUCUCUAAGGUGCUACUGGAAGGAGUUUUUUUAUUUUAUUUUAUUUAUUUUGUUUUGUUUUGACUACGCCAGACCAACACUGCUACCACCUGUAACGAUAAAACAUCAAACAUUAAAAACUUCCCUAAACAAGGCUGCCUUCAGAUGUCUUCUAAAAGUCAGAGAGUUGUUUAUUUCCUUGACAUCUGACGGGAGGGCGUUCCACAGGGCAGGCACCACCACUGAGAAGGCCCUCUGCCUGGUUCCCUGCAACCUCACUUCACACAGUGAGGGAACUGCCAGAAAGCCCUCGGAGCAGGACCUCAGAACAUAUGCUAGGAUAUGUUCAGGCUUUCUUUCCCCCCACCCUUCUCAUUUUCAGGGUCUCCAGCGAACUUUGCAGUAUACACAGCCCUCGUAGAGCCCCACGGAAGGAUCAUGGGCUUGGAUUUGCCAGAUGGAGGCCACCUGACCCACGGCUUCAUGACGGACAAGAAGAAGAUCUCGGCCACCUCCAUCUUCUUUGAGUCCAUGCCUUACAAGGUGAGCCUCGUUCUGUGUCGAGGGAUCUCUGUCCUUCUUCUGAAUGCAGCAGUUUGUUGGGUCUUUUUCUUCUUUGGCGAUCUCUCGUAGUCGAGUAAGAUUGUCUUCCAUAAACACGGUUUUAACAAUGGGUCCGUAAGUGACUGUGGAGGCCGCUUCUGGAUCCACACGUCCUUCCACAGUGGGGACAUAGGUUUCCGGGCAGGAGUUGAUCACGGUGUGGAUUUGCCAAGCGUGCCUUUCUCUUAGCACAUUUCUCCCUUGCGUCCUGAGUUCGAGUGUCUUCUAAGCCCAUGACACCUUUGGUAAAGGCUGUUCUCCAACUAGAGUGCUCACAGGCCACUGUUUCCCAGUUGUUGGUGUUUAUACUACAUUUUUUCAGAUUUGCCUUGAGAGAGUCUUUGAACGUCUUUUGUUGACCACCAGCAUUAAUAAGAAUAAUAAAAAAAUAUUUAUAUCCCGCCCUCCCCAGCCAAAGCCGGGCUCAGAGUGGCUAACAACAAUAAAAGUAACACAGUUUACAUAAAAUCACAAUCAAUUAAUUGAAAUGCAUUCUAAAAUCAAUUCAAAAUCAAAUUAAUGGCAACCACUGGGCUAGAGUUCUGUGAGGAUUACCGAAGGAGGGGGUCAGACUGUGCCUUGGCCAAAGGCCUGGUGGAACAGCUCUGUCUUGCAGGCCCUGCGGAAAGAUGUCAAGUCCCGCAGGGCCCUAGUCUCUUGUGACAGAGCGUUCCACCAGAUCGGGGCCAUGGCCGAAAAAGCCCUGGCUCUGGUUGAGACCAGCCUAACCUCUCUGUGGCCGGGGACCUCCAAGAUGUUUUUGUUUGAAGACCCUAGGUCCUCUGUGGGACAUACCAGGAGAGGCGGUCCUGUAGGUACGAGGGUCCUAGGCCGUAUACGCUUUCCAUUUUUAAGUGUGUGGUGGUUGAGCACUUGGCUGCCUAAGAAUGCGUUCAGAAGUUUAUUUGCCGCAGCUCUUCCUUGGCACGUUAUCCUGGUAGCCAAUUCAGCUUGUAGUUGUGUAAUGAGAGGUGUGAGGCACCAAGUAUGAGCCAGCCCCUCGCCUUGUAGAUGCAAGCUUGAGAACUUUCUGCUUGGACCCUUCCUUGAUGCCUGCUGGUGUCUCUGUUUCCAAUCUCCUCUUCUGGUGUCUACCGCGGUGUGCCCACCCCCAGGCAACACCAGAAGCUGGAGGAGCUGCUCCUGUUGAACUGUUCUUCUUGGUCCUCCUUCUCACCAGGUCAACCCUGAAACUGGCUACAUCGACUAUGACAGGCUGGAGGAGAAUGCCCGCUUGUUCCACCCAAAGCUGAUCAUCGCAGGUAAGACGAUUGGUGGAGAUGUAUCCUUACUAACGUUCUGUAAUCGCCAACAACCCCCCUACUACCCCAGGGCCAGGGCCUUCUCAGUGAUGGCUCCGACCUGGUGGAAUGCUCUGUCCCAUGAGACCAGGGCCCUGCAGGAUUUAACUUCCUUCCACAGGGCCUGUAAGACAGAGCUAUUCCGCCUGGCUUUCAACUUGAACUUAGCCUGAUCUUUUAUUCCCCUUCCUUCCCUCCCCCUACCCUUUUUAUAAAGAUUACCCGCUCUGGGACCCCACAGCUAAUUCUCCCCUGGUCUCCUCGCUGGCCCAAGUAGGACUAACCCUGGUGAUCAUCUAAUGCUUAUUGGAUGGAUUUUCCCCCUAAAUUGAUUUUUGAAUUCUGAAUUUAUUGUUAUUCACGUUUUAUACUGUAUUUUAUGCUGUUUUUUGUUGCAUCAAUUAAGUGUUUUAAAUUUCCCAGCUGGUCUUGGGCAUUCUGAAUGGUCUCUUCUCUCCUAGGGGUCAGCUGCUAUUCGCGGAACCUGGACUACGCUCGCAUGAGGAAGAUUGCCGAUGAGAACGGGGCAUACCUGAUGGCUGACAUGGCUCACAUCAGCGGCUUGGUGGCCGCCGGCGUGGUGCCGUCCCCCUUCGAGCACUGCGACGUGGUCUCGACCACGACGCACAAAACCCUGCGGGGGUGCCGGGCAGGCAUGAUUUUCUUCCGGAAAGGUGAGGGUUGCGGCGUAGAACAACUGCCUGUUUUUUCCAGGAAGGGGGUGAACUUAGGGGUGGGCAGUCAGGGACCACUGCAUCAGGAAAUGGAUGGUUGGGCGCUGAAGUGCCAGUGGACAGUGCCAGAGAUCACCGGUGCUAUUUACACUCCCUUCAGUGCUUAUUCACCGGCAACCUCAAUUGUGAUGGGGAGAAAGGUGCUGCUAAGACUUAAUAUAGGCAGCUAGGUAAAGGUAAAGGGACCCCUGAACAUUAGGUCCAGUCGCGGACGACUCUGGGGUUGCGGCGCUCAUCUCGCUUUAUUGGCCGAGGGAGCCGGCGUACAGCUUCCGGGUCAUGUGGCCAGCAUGACUAAGCCGCUUCUGGCGAACAAGAGCAGCACACGGAAACGCCGUUUACCUUCCCGCCGGAGCGGUACCUAUUUAUCUACUUGCACUUUGACGUGCUUUCAGACUGCUAGGUAGGCAGGAGCAGGGACCGAGUAACGGGAGCUCACUCUGUCGCGGGGAUUUGAACUGCCGACCUGAUCGGCAAGUCCUAAGUUCUGUGGUUUAACCCACAGCGCCACCCACAUCCUAAUAUAGGCAGCUAAGAAUAAAUAAAUUUGUUCUCCAAGCCAACUUCAUUUGGCCCUUCUCAUAUCCCCAAGUAAUGCUAAUUCUGUCAAUUCUUAUUUUGUAAUUAAGUAAAUUUCUGGGAACUCUAUAUAUAGUCGUACCUUGGUUCUCGAAUGGCAUCCAUUCCAGAAGUCUGUUCGAAAACCAAAGCGCGGCUUCUGAUUGGCUGCAGGAGCUUCCUGUACUCAAGCGGAAGCUGCGUCAGACGUUUAGGUUCCAAAAAACGUUCGCAAACCGGAACACUCAUUUCCGGGUUUGCGGCCUUCAGGAGCCCAAACGUUCAAGUCACAAGACAUCUCAAUAACUAAGGUACGACUGUAAUGGUUUUAUUAUACAGUGGUACCUCGGGUUACAUACGCUUCAGGUUACACACGCUUCAGGUUACAGACUCUGCUAACCCAGAAAUAGUGCUUCAGGUUAAGAACUUUGCUUCAGGAGGAGAACAGUAAUCGGGGUUCCGGUGGCGUGGCAGCAGCAGGAGGCCCCAUUAGCUAAAGUGGUGCUUCAGGUUAAGAAAAGUUUCAGGUUAAGUACGGACCUCCUGAACGAAUUAAGUACUUAACCCGAGGUACCACUGUAUGUAUGUAUGUAUGUAUGUAUGUAUGUAUGUAUUUAUUUAUUUAUUUACUUAUUUACUUACUUAUUUAUUUAUUUAUUGCAUUCAUAGACCAGCUUUUUGUCCAUGGUUCAUUUAAUCCACACACAACAACGCUGUGAGGUAGGUUAGGCUGAGAGGCAGCGACUGUCCCAAGGUUGCCCAGUGAGCUUCAUGGCCGAGUCAGGAUUCGAACCCUGGUCUCCCAGUCCAAAUCUGACGCACCAACCACUACACCACCACUGAAGUCCUUUUGUACUGAGAGACACCAUUACUCUGCCUCCCCAGGUGCUUUCUACUCAAAUGGGGAGAAGUUCCCCCAUUGCCUGCUUGCCUGCGCUUUUAACUGGUGACACCGGGAAUCACACACGGGACCUUCGGCACUCCAAGCGGGUGCUCUGCCGCUGAGCCGCAACCUCUCUCAGUAGCUGAUUGCGUUUGGAGUUGAGUGUUUGGCUCUAGGUGACUGCAGAGUUGAAGCCAAGGGGAAGGAUUAGCCUAGAGCAGCAGUAGCAGCACCCCAAAAGCUCCUGCCCCAAAUUGCCCUCCUCCUUUCUGUUCUCCCUAGGUGCCCGCAGCGUGGAUCCGAAAACGGGGAAAGAAAUCCCGUACAACUAUGAAAGCCUGAUCAACCAAGCAGUGUUUCCUGGGCUACAGGGAGGGCCACACAACCACGCUAUUGCAGGUGAGGCAGGCUCUCUAAAACAGGGAGACUGGAGGUAGACUGCUAGCUCUAUGAGCAGGGUGGAUAAAAAUCAAUGAUUUAAUUUUUUUAAAAAUAAUUUAAAACGGAUUUUUUUAAAUUUAAAUCAGAUUUUUUAAAUUUAAAUCAGAUUUUUAAAAUAAAAUGCUUUUGGAGGAAAGAUCUUUCUAAAGGUAGUUUUCUAUUUAAGUUACAUUAUAGUCCAAAGGCUAUUCAUCAGCAAAUAAGGAUUUGUUUAAAGUUUUUCAUAUGUGCUAAAACUCAGUCUAAAUUAGUUUGACACAUAUGCUAUAAUGUUAUUGCUUUAGUUAAAUAAACUAUUUAAAUUGUUAUUAAGGAAAUGAUUAUUUUUCUCCUGCCAAUAAAGUACAGCAGAAAAGUUGUCAAAAUAUAGUUAACUUACUAAACAUCACAAUAAUUUCAUAAUUACCUGUCUAUGUAUUUCUAAUAGAAUAACCAAAUCAGUAGUUUUGAUAUAACUGUAAAAACUACUCUGAAAAUUUAUUAUUCCAAAAACGAAACCUUCCUCUCGUUGUAAAUAUUAAGAUUAUACCAGCAAGAAUGAGUUUUCAGGGUGUGUGUGAUGAUUUAAAUCAAGUCUUACUGACUAGUGAUUUAAAUUGUGAUUUAAAUCAAAUCCAACCUGUCUAUGAGUGAUCUGUGAUAGAUCUGGCGGAAGGGUAACAAGGAGGGAGGGACGGGGGUUUCAGAAUCUGGGAGCAGCCACCGAAAAGGCCCAAGAAGAUGGAGGUGUUUGAUGAGACAUCUUUCUCCGUUCCACACACCCCUGCCCACCUCCUCUCUUCUUUUUUGUCCAGGAAUUGCGGUAGCUCUGAAGCAAGCCAUGACUCCGGAAUUCAGAGCUUACCAGAGGCAGGUCGUCGCCAACUGCAAGGCCUUAUCCAACGCCCUUGUUGGCUUGGGAUAUCACAUUGUUACGGGUAAGGAACAGCUAGGACACAAAACACACAAACACACACACACACACACACACAGACAGAGAACGAGUCGGCCCUGUCAGGAAGAAACAUUACGGACAGAAUAAUUGCCACACACAGAAAGAACCAAGGAGUUAGAAUGCUUCACCUGUAGUUGUAUACAUCAUUUAAUGCGGCGAUACGAAGGGAAGGUGUUAAUAUAAGGGAUUGUUAUGAUAUAAGGGGUUGUUAUUUUUACUGGAGCGUAAUUGAAAUUUCUAAUGAAAUUUUGGAAUGCAGAAAUAAAGUAAAUCACCAAACCAUCAAUUCUAGCACGGGGUGUGGGGGGUGGGACGGGACAGGGACCUAAAUUGUAUAAUUUGGCAUCUCAAUGACUGAUAUUUCUCAGUGCUUUUUUUCUUAAAAAAAGGUGUUUAAGGGUGCUUUCAUUUUCCUACUCAUAUUGAAAUACUGCCCCUUAAUGAGGGCACACUUAGAUUCACAAAAUGUUUAGGGGUAUGUGUGCCCCUGUCAGGAGUUCAGCCUACACUCGAGUAGGACCCUGGCAGAGACACAUGCCCAGCUGGCAUGUUCCCUCCCUCCUGGUUGAUCGUUUGGGAGCUUCAAAAGCUUUCUUCUGCCCGAACAUCACAGCAACAGAUGCCAACAGACACCGACACACUUAGGGAUCCUCAGAGUUUGCGCAUCAUGUGUGACAGACCUCAACAACUCAGCAUUUUGGCUAAUCUACUUUAUUUACAUAUAAACACACACGGAGCACUGCAACAUGGCUCCCUCUCUCUCUAGCAUCAGACAGCAAAGAGAAAAAGAACAAGGACAAUAGUCCCACUUCACGGAACACAGUAACACAAACAUCCUGUCUCCGUCACUUCCCACUUUGUGGAGUCAAAACAUACCACGUCAUGUGAAAGACAACAAUCCCAUGACUGCAAUCAUGGAGCAGGAAUUCUAACAGCCCCUGCAUACCCCCAGAAAACAAAAGUACUGGUAUUACUAAUUGUAUUAUAAUUUGGCAUUGUUAUAAUGAGGCUGUUAUUGGAUUGUUGUAAUUGAAAACUAGUAAAAAUUACUAUUGAAAGGAAGAAAGAGAACAAGAAAGAGUCAGCCCUGCUUUCCCUUACAAGCAAGGCUGUGAGUGUGAACCUCUGCCCCUUUAUUAAUAUCUGGUGUUGCUUCCAGAUAAAUUGGCUGGAGGCAUUUGCAAGGUUAUAUCUGGGGACAGAGUCUGCAAGUUCAUCACCUCUGCUUUAGAGAACGUAGCUUGGAUCGUACCCUUGAGCUGCCAGAUAACAGUUUUGUUUUGCUCCAUGGGAUGCCUGGGGGUGGGGCUGAUAUCUCAGUCCCAGAAGCUAAAAGCCUCUUAUUUUAUUUAUUCAUUACACUUUAUAUACCACCGUUCUACCCCCUUCUAGGAGCUCAAGGUGGUAUACGUCGUUCUCCCCUUCCUCAUUUAAUCCGUACAACAACCCUGCGCGGUAGGUUAGGCCAAGAGGCAGCGACUGGCCCGAGGUCACCAAGUGACUGUGGCCAGCCAAGCAGGGAGGAUUUGAACCCUGGUCUCCCAGGUCCUAGCCCAACGCUCUAAACUUCUGCACCAUACUGGCUAGCAAAACACUUGCUAGAGAGAGCAAGUUUCAAGUCUCAAGAAGCCAAGGGGUGGAGAUUCAGCCCAGGUCCAAAAGAUGUUCCAAAGUCUAGGCCAGGCAAGAGCCUAAGGUGAAGGGCACAGGUUGUUUUAGCGGCCGGGGAUGAUGUAAUUUACCGUAUUUUUUGCUCCAUAAGACUCACUUUUUCCCUCCUAAAAAGUAAGGGGAAAUGUGUGUGCGUCUUAUGGAGCAAAUGCAGGCUGCGCGGCUAUCCCAGAAGCCAGAAGCGAGGAUCAAGUGCAGCGACUCGCUUGCGUUCAGUGAAAGCAGCGAUCCGUCUUCAGGGCUGUUCUGACGUUCACUUGCCCUGGAGAGGCACUGCAUAGCUUAUCAGCUGCUGCUUCACUUUCUCUUGCAGCAAUCAUGCUGGGAGGACGCAUACUGGAGAAGCGCUGCGCAGAGAGGGAGAGAAUAUUUUUUUUCUUGUUUUCCUCCUCUAAAACUAGGUGCGUCUUAUGGUCGGGUGCGUCUUAUAGAGCGAAAAAUACGGUAUAUUAAUUUGUAAUUUAGCAGCAUCAACAUGACCUGUUCUAGACGCUUAAAACGCGAAGCCAGUUCUUAUCUGCUUGUCCUACUGAACGGAUGCUUGCAAACUUCGCUGGCGGGUGCCAUGUUCCUCGUUUCCCUCUGCUGCCCCCCCCCCAAUCACCCUUGCAAAUUUGGGGUGGCAUGAGUGAGUCACUGCUGGCGUUUGGCUCUUCUCCUAGGCGGCUCCGACAACCAUUUGAUCCUGGUGGACCUGCGCAGCCGAGGCACGGACGGAGGGCGGGCCGAACGUGUUCUUGAGCUCUGCUCCAUUGCAUGCAACAAGAACACCUGCCCAGGUGAGAGUGGCCAAGCUUCAAGAGGUUCUUCCCAGUGCGUAGCAAUGGCAGAGCAUCCGCCUCCCAGCGCUGGGGUUUAGCAGUUUUCAGAAAUGCCUGGUGUAGGGGUUGUGUAUUGAAACUAGGAGAGGGAUACAGUGGUACCUUGGGUUACAGACGCUUCAGGUUACAGACUCUGCUAACCCAGAAAUAGUACCUCGGGUUAAGAACUUUGCUUCAGGAUGAGAACAGAAAUCGCGUGGCGGAGGUGUGGCAGCAGCGGGCGGCCCCAUUAGCUAAAGUGGUACCUCAGGCUAAGAACAGUUUCAGGUUAAGAACGGACCUCCAAAACGAAUUAAAUUCUUAACCCGAGGUACCACUCUAUAUUUCUUAGUUGUUAUCCUUCCUGACUCACAUUUGGGAGUUCCACAAAGUACUUCCCCUUGUCAUUCCCUCGGCCGGUGAAUUCGGAUCCUCCUAGCUGGGUAUGAAGAGGCCUAGUCUGCCCACUGAUUUCUCUGGCCUCAUCUUGCCCUCUCUGCCUGGCAAUCACUCUACCAGGCAGAGAAGGAUCUUUCCUGGACCCAAGACCCCUUUAACUAGUGGUCCAGGGGGUGGCAUUUGGCAGCUUGUGCACACAAAGUAGGGGCUCUUUCCUCUGAGUCACUACCCCUCCCAUUUGGGGAGGAAUUCAGGAAGGAUGGGAAAGUAGACCUGAAGGAGCAUCUCCACCCCCAUUGUUCAGCCCGGACACUGAGGUCCAGCUCCAAGGGCCUUCUGGCGGUUCCCUCACUGCGAGAAGUGAGGUUACAGGGAACCAUGCACAGGGCCUUCUCGGUAGUGGCGCCUGCCCUGUGGAACGCCCUCCCAUCAGAUGUCAAGGAAACUAUCGGACUCUUAGAAGACAUCUGAAAGCAGCCCUGUUUAGGGAAGUUUUUAAUGUUUGAUGUUUUAUUGUGUUUUUAAUGUUCUGUUGGAAGCCACCCAGAGUGGCUGGGGAGGCCCAGCCAGAUGGGCGGGGUACAAGUAAUAAAUUAUUUUUAUUAUUAUGAAUAAUAGAAUCGUAGAGUUAGACAGGACCACAAGGGUCAUCUAGUCCAACCCCCUGCAAUGCAGGAAUAUUUCACACAACGUGGGGCUCGAACCCACAACGCUGUGAUCUCAUGUUCUACCAACUGACUGUCCUUUAUUUUGUCACUGCUGCUGUCCUUUGGGGAAGCCUUGUCCAAACCAUUAGAGUCGCCAGUUUUCAGGGUUUAAACUGUUGGGAGCUGCCUGGCGUGGCUGGAGAAAUAAUAAAUUAUUAUUAUUAUUAUUAUUAUUAUUAUUAUUAUUAUUAUUAUUUAUUAAGAAGCAACUUUAGAAGACUGCUGGGUAGGAAAACUGAGGAUUUAAAUAACAGGCUUCAGUUUUUAUGCAGUUUAUCUAUGCAAUGUAUAAAACUGGCCAGCUGUCCGUGUCUUUGGAUUCAACCCACGGCCUCUUCCCUCGUGUCUAGGAGACAAGAGUGCCCUGCGCCCCAGCGGUCUUCGGCUGGGAACACCAGCCCUUACCUCCAGGGGAUUCUUGGAAGAGGACUUCCGGAAAGUCGCUCACUUCAUCCAUAAAGGUAGGAAGGUGCCUGUGGGCAUGGAAGCUCUGUUUUUGGAGAUCUGGGCUUUGCUUUCUACCUCAUCUUCGCCAGCAGCCUCUGCCUUAGGUGAACGCUGGUUUCAUCCCCUCACUUAUUUGCAGAAUGAUUUGGAAGUGCCAAUGCAAAUUCAGUUACAGGUAGGUAGCCGUGUUGGUCUGCCUUAGUCGAAACAAAAUAAAAUAAAAAAUUCCUUCCAGUAGCACCUUAGAGACCAACUAAGUUUGUUAUUGGUAUGAGCUUUCGUGACACGAAAGCUCAUACCAGUAACAAACUUAGUUGGUCUCUAAGGUGCUACUGGAAGGAUGUUUGUUUCGAAUGCAAAUUCAGACUAGGCUUGCACCUUGUUUCAGGUGUGAGGAACCUGUGCUCCCCCCCCCAUUAUCUUAUUUACACCCCACCAUUUUCUCCAGCGAGCCCAAGGUGGUGCCCAUGCUUCUUCCCCUCCUCCUGACCAUUAGGUCCAGUCGUGGCCGACUCUGGGGUUGCGGCGCUCAUCUCGCUUUAAUGGCCGAGGAAGCCGGCAUACAGCUUCCGGGUUGCGUGGCCAGCAAGACUAAGCCACUUCUGGCGAACCAGAGCAGCGCACGGAAACGCCAUUUACCUUCCCGCCAGAGCGGUACCUAUUUAUCUACUCUGGCCUGACCCUCUAACCACCACACCACGCUGCCUCUUGCUGGACCACUAUUUCCUUCAUCCCAGAUCAUUGGGAUGGUGGUAGUUGGAGCUCAAUAGCAUCUGGAGGGCCGGCCUUCAGCGGGUUUGGGCUGCCACACUCAUGGAGUUAAGGGAGCUUUGCCUUCCUUUCCUCCCUCCAGUUAAAUCCCUCUCCUGCAUUCUUAGCCAGCUGCUUCUCUGCACACCCCUCUUGUGCUCCUUGUCCCUUCUGUGUUUUUCCUUCCCUCCCCACUUAAAAUGUGGUUACAAAGCAUGGAUCCACAUGGAUCCUCAGGAUCUUUGCAUUGGGUCACCCCAAAUUCACCAUCAGAGCACAUAGCAUGUCCAUGGCUACAGCCUGCACCAGAAAAAUCAGGUACUCACUGUUGCCUGGGGCUGCAAUGGUGCAAAAAUGUGGUUAAAAAGCAUGGAUCCACAUGGAUCCUCAGGAUCUUUGCAUUGGGUCACCCCAAAUUCACCAUCAGAUCACAUGUCUGUGGCCACAGCAUGAAGCACAAAAAUGAUACACCCACUGUUUCAUUCAGAAUGUUUUUUCCCUUGUUUUCCUCCUCUAAAAACAAUGUCCGUGUUAUGGUCAGGUGCGUGUUAUAGAGCGAAAAAUACGGUACUUGCACUUUGACGUGCUUUUGAACUGCUAGGUUGGCAGGAGCAGGGACCGAGCAACGGCAGCUCACCCCGUCGCGGGGAUUCAAACUGCUGACCUUCUGGCUGGCAAGUCCUAGGCUCUGUGGUUUAACCCACAGCGCCACCCACAUCCCACUCGUGGAGUUACCCUAUACCAAAUUUGGCCACCAGGUCAACUUGGGCCAGUGUGGUGUAGUGGUUAAGAGCGGUAGUCUCGUAAUCUGGUGAACCAGGUUCGCGUCUCCGCUCCUCCACAUGGAGCUGCUGGGUGACCUUGGGCUAGUCACACUUCUCUGAAGUCUCUCAGCCCCACUCACCUCACAGAGUGUUUGUUGUGGGGGAGGAAGGGAAAGGAGAAUGUUAGCCGCUUUGAGACUCCUUAGGGCAGUGAUAAAGCGGGAUAUUAAAUCCAAACUCUUCUUCUUCUUCUUCUUCUUCUUCUUGUUGGGCAGAGCGAUUGGUUCUUAACUGGUUGUGGCGUCUCAACAUUUAGAGACAUUUUGCGGUCCUUUAAACGGGAGGCAUCUGGGAUUGAACCUGGAGCCUUUCUGCAUGCAAAAGACGUACGCUACCCCUGAUCCACAGCCCCCUCUCCCCCUCUCCUGAGGUUUUGCUGUCCAAAGUAGUAAUUGAUCACCCAGUAGCCCACUCAGCCGCCAAACGAGGAAAUUUCUGUGUUGCCCAUGCAGGUAUUGAGCUCACCUUGCAGGUCCAGAGCGACAUGAGUCCCAAAGCGACGCUGCGAGAGUUUAAGGAGAAGCUGGUGUCUGACGAGAAGUACCAAGCUCCCCUGAGAUCCCUCCGGCAGGAGGUGGAGGCCUUUGCAGAUACCUUCCCCCUCCCUGGCUUGCCUGUUCUAUAAAAGUCACGGUCCCCCCGCCCCCCACGCCAGAAGAACAGCAAGGAAACUCCUGCCUGGAACAGCCGCGAUUCUUCUUGGCUGCUUUGAAGUGUGGGUUGUCUCAUCAAGCUGCCCUCCCGUAAGAGGGAUUUAGGAGGAAUCGAGGUAUCUCCAGUGUCCCUUUUUCUUUACUGUUCUUACAAGCAGAGCUGAUCUUGAAACCUGCUCUUUAACCAACCUCUACCCCAUCUUUUAAAAAAUACAUUGCAUUGAAUAUAGACCCCGGGAGGAAAUGGGCACAGGCCAAACGUAGCUUUAGAAUCCUCCAUUGGCGGGGUUAACGGCCGUAUUAAUGGACAUCCCAGAAUUAUACCCCUGGCAGUGGUAAAGAGGCCCCGAGAGAGAUGUGCCACACAGUUGCUGCGAAUGGAAAUCGCAGUAAAAAAAUUGCAUUUGGAAUCAACCUAUUACCCAAAGGUCUUAAAUGGAAGAGGCUGAGAGGUGGCGGAAGGGGGAAAUGCAAUGUCGACAGUAACUCGAAGCUCCCCCGAGGUUUGAAUAAACGUCAAACUGGGUCACGAGGAAGAAUGAAUCUGAUUUUUUGCCGGGUUUGAGCUUCCUCGUUAAAGCUGGCGUCUCAGAAAACAGAUUUACUGCAAGCCUAAGCAAGAAACAACAAAAAGAUAGAUCUUUGUGCUGAGGUGCCUUCAGCCAGCAUAGCUGAGCCGCUUUCAAACCAGAGUUUUCUUCAUUCGGGAAAACUCAAACCAAAGUCUUCCUUUGCUUUGGUUUACGGAACCCCCUGCCACAAGGAUUGGGGGUGGCUGGGAUCAUUUAGCAGGGGUAUUAAGAGCACAGAUCUGUCAAUAGGGAUCAGUCAUGAAAUGUGCAACCCGGACAAAGUGCUGCGGUGUGGAACGCUCCUCUGUUCCAGUAAGAUAGUUAUGCCUCUGGGAUACAUUUCAUCCCACCUGGUUUUCCAUUCCCACCCUGCUGCAAUGGGGCUCCCCCCCAUCUUUUUUACUUUUUCCCCCUUAAAAGGUUUCUUGUAUUUCUGCAAGAGUCUCCCUGCUGCCCCUGUGGCUGAUUGUCCUUUGGGCUACCAGAGCAGGGUGCUCACACCUGAAAAUUGGAAAGCUAAGCAGAAUCCUCUCCUUCAGAGAUCACUGAACCCUCACUGAUCUGCUAGACAGCUGGCCGUUGCCUUUGUGGCCUGGUUAAGGGUUUCUCAGAACCACACAGCUAUUCCACUGCGGGAAACAAGGCUAGACGAACCUUCCAGUCGGAUCCAGCUGUUUUACGUGGCUUGUGCCUGAGAUAUCAUCUCUAGACUACCAAGAUUUCAGCUGUGUAUAGCGAUACCUGGAAAGGGCGAAGAUAACGUUUCUCCAUUCACCAGCAUCGCUGUGGAAUAGCAACUGGCACAAGUUUCCAAUCGCUGGAGAACGGGGAGAGUUUAAGCAAACCAUCUCGGAUAUUCAACUUUAUCAGAGCGGGCCUAUCAUGAAUGUAAGAAAAGUCCCGACGCGUCAGCCCAGUGGCCAGUCUAGUCCAGAAUCCUCUUCUCACAAUGGCCAACCAGGUGUUUGCUGGAAACCUGCAAGCAGGAUCUAAGCACAAGAGCGCUCUCCCCACCUGUGGCUUCCAGCAAUGGGUAUUUGAAAACAACAUAGCAAGGCAGAAUUCUGUCUUUCUAAAUCCAAGGCAUGGGACUCUCAGCUACGUUAGCAAAGAAACAGCAAUUUGGAUGCAUUAUAAACAUGCAACACUAGAUGGCGCCAGAGACCAGGAAUUUUUAAAACGCGAUUUUCCAUAGAGAUUUUUUUCUUUUGUUAAAGCGAUCUUAUUUCUGACUUACAGCAUUUUUUCCAGUUUAGAUCCACCCAUGGCUAGCCUCUUGCAUUGCUCAACUCCCAAAAUUUUGUGGUUGCCAUUCUCCAGUCCUCUCCCCCCCCCCCCCCGCCGCUUUAGUAUCAGACACAGGAGCUCAGAAAUAGAGUCAGGACAAUUUUUUACUAAGCACAAUAAAAUCAAGAAUUGAACCACAAUAUACGCCAAGGGUUAUAUAAGCUUUAAAAAAUACAACCAGUAUAUAUAUAUUUUUUGUAUUUCAAAAAUAUCUUGAGCCCAAAUAAAUAAUUUCUUCUUCUUCUUCCCCCUGCCUCCAAUGUACAUUUUAUCAUUGUAGUCACUGGGUGUUGAGUAUUGUUGGUGAAGCGCUUGUGCAGUACACACCUUAACAGCACUAAGACAUGGAAGGCAUGCUGCUCAGAUUUUCUUCAGUGAAGACACUCCAUUUCCCUCCCUAACUACUGCUUAAGCGAAGUGUUGUGUUCCUACAAGUGCGGACAAGAAACUGAACAUGCAGUUAGGAAGAUCACUUUGGGGAGUUGUUACUUCCAGGGAGCUGCUAGCCCAGUCCAGUCGAGAUGGAGAAAGGUCAAGUAGUUGGUUGAUAAGAAGAAAACGCAGAAUUAUGGGGCCCAGCGUCUGGGCUUUCCACAGCACCCAGAGGGACCACGAUCCUGCAUAUUGCAUCCACAAGCAGGCCAGCGCCAGCUCCGCACAUGUAGUGCGCCAGCGCCAAUUCACAUGUCUCAAGGGGUCGAUUGUACCUAAGCUGCUGAAUUUGUGGGCCACUCACAUCCUCUGUGUGUGAUGUUCCCAUGGAUCAGCCUAUGGUUAUAUUUUCAAGAUUAAAGCAGCAGAGAUAUGCAAACACCUCAAUUGCCAAAUGGCUAGAUGAGCUCCGUUAUGGAAGCAGCUCAUACUGAGAGGAUGCGGAAUGGGGCAAGCGUAGGAUCUGCCUUCCUCUUGACGCUAGAACCACUGAUGAAAGAGGGGGGAGCUUCUCCCCAGCUCCUCCAGUCUCCCCACUCUGUCCUGUAUGGAUUUCCCCUUUCUCUCUGCCAGCAUUAAUCAUGGGGUUUUUUUUUACCACAUCUGCCAGGAGCUUAUAGCCAACUAGGAUUAGCUUGUAACCAGGAUUUGAAGCUGGUUGGCGCUGCUAGGGUGUAAUACCACUGUUAAAACUGACAAGGGGCGGAAGAGGACGUUUGAGCCUGUGGGGUGUUGGCAAUCUGUUAAGGAUUGGCUAAGGACACGAAAGCAGAAAGCUAGUUCACGUUACUAGGCUCUGCAGGUGAUUGGGCUAAGUCUUGGCUCUUGAGAAAAGGAAGGUGCUCACUAGCAGGCCUUGUAUCUACAUAUAUGGGAACCCUUUUUUUAAAAAAGUCAGCAGUGCCACACUACUGAAUCUAUGGCAUGCUCGUGAACCGCCAAAACCGAUUCCAGAGCCUUGUGAUUCACAGAUCUUGCUUCCAUCAGGCAAGAUGUCGGGCACACCUGCAAGUGUAACA